AUGCUCCUUGUCCCAGUUGCCCCUCGCCCCUUGUCCAAGCUCGAGUCGCUCCCGGCCGAGGUCUUGGCCAUGAUCCACAUGGAGGCCGUCAACCCCGACUUCCCCUCGGCGUCACCCCACCUUUGCACCACACUCACGCACUUCCCUCCGUCCUCGGUGGCCGAUUUCUUUAAGAAACACUACGGCCGAUACACGUACAACUACAAGGUGCUCACCGCUGUCAUCAAGCAUCCGAUCGUCACCCUCCCCAUCGCCAAGCAAAUCCUCGGGAGCGGGUGGCGCGACGGACGAGUUACGCUCCCCGCACGUCUCAUCCCCCGCCAUGCCAUGAUCGCAGGCAACGAUCGCAAGCUUCUUCUCUGGAUCGUAAACGACUGGAAGCUUGCGACCCGUCACCGCACGCUUCUGGAUGCUGCAGUCCUCCACGACGACGUGCACCUCGCCGCGCUCCUGUUCAGCGUCGGCGCCCGUAUUAAACGCGCCCACGUUCUCCUUGCCAUUCAGCGCAACUGUGUGAAGAUGGUCAAGAUUCUGUGCCAGAAUCCGCUGCACCCUCAGCGCGUUCGCCGGCAGCACCGCGGCGUCCUCCUCUGCCCGCGCCUCAUGUUCGCUGCGCUCGCCAACGAAGAGGUGGCGGCUUACUUUUCUGCUGUUCUAUUUCGUGAGAUCCGCGACCGUCGCCUGCUCCAUCGCGCGCGCUUCAACUUUCGAGGCAUUUGCAUCUCGGGGCACAUGAUUGGGAUCAAGGGACAGGCCCCCAAGCCCAAGAAGAGCGCCAAGGGAGAGGGAGACGAGGAGAAUUGA